CCCCACACCACCGGUCGAUCCUCCGUUCUUCCGCCCAGGUCAGCUUCACCUCAGCCUGCGCUGCGCCCUCCCUGCCUAGGGCGUCGCUGUACCGGCCUCCGCGCUCCACACGCACACACCUCCCGUGCUCGGGCGGGGGCGGUGUCGCCGCAGUCUAAGGGCGACAGGCGGCAGAGGCAGAGGCGGAGUCGGUGGUCCCUGUGUGAUGGCUGCCUCGGUGUUCUGCUGCCUGCGGUGCUGCAGAGAUGGCGGGACAGGGCACAUUCCUCUGAAGGAGAUGCCGGCCGUGCAGCUGGACACGCAGCACAUGGGAACAGAUGUUGUUAUUGUUAAAAAUGGAAGAAGAAUAUGUGGAACAGGAGGUUGUUUAGCCAGUGCACCUUUACACCAAAACAAAAGCUACUUUGAAUUCAAAAUCCAGUCCACAGGAAUCUGGGGUGUUGGCGUUGCAACUCAGAAAGUGAACUUGAACCAGAUUCCCCUUGGCCGAGAUGUGCACAGUCUGGUGAUGAGAAAUGAUGGAGCUCUGUACCACAACAACGAGGAGAAAAACAGGCUGCCAGCUAACAGCCUUCCACAGGAGGGAGACGUGGUGGGUAUUACAUAUGACCAUGUAGAAUUAAAUGUAUAUUUGAAUGGAAAAAACAUGCAUUGUCCAGCGUCAGGUAUACGAGGGACAGUGUAUCCAGUUGUUUAUGUUGAUGACAGUGCAAUUUUGGAUUGCCAGUUCAGUGAAUUUUAUCAUACUCCUCCACCUGGUUUUGAAAAAAUAUUAUUUGAACAGCAGAUCUUCUGAAUGCAUUUGUUUUUGAAACUUGUAUCUCUGCACUGUUAAAAGUGUUUACCAUUUAAUAAAGCUUUAACUGACCUAUAGAUGAAAAUAUAUUCUUAAAAAUAUGCUUGUUAAUGUUGUUUAAGCAAUGUAUACCACCUGGAAAUUGUGAUUUAAAAUACUCAAUGUUUUGUGAUACGAAAUCAGCAUUUUGGGCAGUUUAUUUAAUUCUUAUUUAAAUAAAUAUAACUAUGGGUUUGAUUAUCAGUAUUAAGGGGAAAUGUGUAUAUAGAUAUUUAAAAGGGAAUCUUUCUUACAUAAAAUAUUUGUUUUGGUAGAGGUAUGGAGUUGGGUGAGUUUUUAUCAUUCUGAAGUUUAAAUCUCAUUAACUAUUUUAAGUCUGCAGUCCAAUAAUUUUGUGUCUCAGUGUCCUUUUCUACAUAGUGUAAAAAAGUGACAGAAAUUUAUGUUAUUGGCAACUUCAUUUUUAGCAAUUUAUUUACUGUACAAUGUACACUUUUCUUAAAAUUUAAAUUGUUCAUUUUGUUUGUAUGUCAUUGCUUUUGAUUUACUUUAUGAAAGGAGAUAAAUGUUUUAGUAAUUGUUUGAAUAUUUUGUUGAAGACCAUUAGCCUUUUAACCUUUAUCACUUCAGUACCAGAGUAAGUAGUAAUGGUUGAUUGGUGAUAUAGUGUACAGUGGCAGACAUUUAGAAUAGUAUGAUGCUUUAAACUUAAAUGUAAAUGAGAUUAUUCUUUUAAGCACUUUUAUUUGUCUGUGUUUUCCUGUAAGGAAUAAUAAAAUAAUGGUAAUUAAGGAAUAUUCACUACUGUAUUAAAUACAUGUUCUUCCU